CUCAUUGAUCGUGUGACAGAUGGGCUUUUGUGUGAAAUCCACGACUCACCACCGACAUGACCUCCAGCGUCACACGUAGAGUUGUGCGUACGGGUGGGAGUUGUCUGGUGAAACGCAUUGUUGUGUUGGGGGAUGAGCCGCUAGAGCUGCGCGAGCUGUUCGCUCCUGGUCGGCUGUGGCUAGCGAGCGACUCCAGCCUCCGAGUGGCCCACAAAGGCACCGCCAGUCGCAUGCUCCGUUUAGAUUUCAACGUCGAAACCCCCACGGGCCCUUUUUUUUUUGAUUUGUAAAAGUCCCUGAACAGACCCCAGUAUCGCCCGUUGGAUGAGAACACUGUGUACGGAAUUAGAGCCACUUAGCAGGCCGUGUCGCCAUUGCUUUGUACGGCGACUGGCUGGCUACCGUCUUCCUCAGCUAGCAAAGCUGCUCUACAAUCCGAGCAACACGGAGCGCCAAGAUGAAGAAGAAAGCUCGGCAGCACCGGGUCGCGGUGCCGCAGAGGCCCCCGUCUCCCAUCAAGCUGUCGCCCAACAAGCAGAUGCUGACGUACGCCCAGGCGCAGCGCAUGGUGGAGUUCGAUGUCGACGGCCGCCUCCAUCGGGUCAGCAUAUACGACCAGCUGGACGUGAUCUCGGAUGACGAUCCCAUGAUGCAGGAGAUGAUGGAGUGCACCAGCAAUAAGGAGAAUGCUGAGAAGCCGCAGCAACAGGUCCUCCUGCGGUCAGUCAGACUAAAAAACAGCCAGGAGAAGAGAAACGCUGCCCUGGGCAUCGCUGUUCAGGGAGAGGGAGGCGGACAUCAGGCCGCCACCAACGCCGCUCCAAAGCUUCAAGAGCCCAAAUUUCGUGCGGUGGAAUACAACCUCCCAGCAGUUCCGAAGCGCUCCGCCGCCUUUUACAAAUACACGGAGAAGACGGAGGAAGAGCUGGACGAGGAAACGGAGUACGACAUGGACGAGGAGGAUUACGCCUGGCUGGAUUUGGUGAACGAGAAGCGGCGGAGCGAAGGGGUCAGUCAGGUCUCGAACAACGUCUUCGAGUUCCUGGUCGACCGCUUCGAGAAAGAGCUGCACUUGGAGAGCCUGGACAAAAGCGGCGAAAAGCAAGCGCCCGUCGACGAGGACGCCGUCUGCUGCAUCUGCGCGGACGGAGAGUGUCACAACGGCAACGCCAUCCUGUUCUGCGACAUGUGCAACGUGGCCGUGCACCAGGAGUGCUACGGCGUGCCCUACAUCCCCGGGGGCCAGUGGCUGUGCAGACACUGCCUCCAGGGGCCCGCGCAGCCCGCCGACUGCAUCCUGUGUCCCAACAAGGGCGGAGCGGUGAAGAAGACGGACGACGACCGCUGGGGCCACGUGGUGUGCGCCCUCUGGGUGCCCGAGGUCGGCUUCUCCAACACCACCUUCAUCGAGCCCAUCGACGGCGUCCGCCACAUUCCUCCCGCCCGCUGGAAGCUCACCUGCUACCUCUGCAAGGAGAAAGGUGUCGGGGCGUGCAUCCAGUGCCACAGAGCCAACUGUUACACCGCCUUCCACGUCAGCUGCGCCCAAAAGGCGGGCCUCUUCAUGAAGAUGGAGCCGAUCAAGGACGUGACGGACGCCGGGGAGCCCACGUUCUCGGUGAAGAAGACGGCCUUCUGUGGGGCUCACACGCCCAACGGGUGUGUGCGGAGGCCUCUCGCGAUCUACGGUGACGGCAAACCCCGAAAUGGACUGUGUCAGAAAGGGGUAAGAGGGCGAGGCGUUCGCAAAGGACAGGCCAAAGGAAAGAAGAAGAAGAAGAAGAAGAGCAAGAAGCCCGAGCCAGAACCUGAAAGCGAAGCUGCGACUCCCGCUACUGUGCCUUCGUUUCCUGCUCACAGGUUACACACCAUCCUGAACCAGGUGUCGGUUCAGAAGAAGAAAGCGUUCGUGGAACUGGUCCUGAAAUACUGGACGUUAAAGAGGCAGUCCAGGAAUGGGCUCCCCCUCAUCAGACGCCUUCAGACCAGCAUGCAGUCUCAGAAGAAUGCGCAACCGGUUUGUUCAUCUCGGCAGUGCGGGGAGGAGAGCCGGGCCCUGAAGGAUCAGUUGAAGGAGUGGCACCGUCUCCGACACGACCUGGAGAGAGCCCGGCUGCUGCUGGAACUGAUCCGCAAGAGGGAGAAGCUCAAGAGGGAAGAGAUCAGACUGCAGGAGACCCUCCUCGAGAUACGGCUGAGUCCCUUCAGUAUUUUACUGAGAGCUCUGUUGGACCAGCUGCAGACAAAAGACCAAGCCAAGAUCUUCACCCAGCCGGUGGAUGUCAAUGAGGUGCCCGACUACCUCGACCACAUCAAGCGCCCAAUGGACUUCUCCGCCAUGCGGCAGCGCAUCGACACGCAGGCCUACAACAACUUCGAGCAGUUCGAGAACGACUUCAACCUCAUCGUUGACAACUGCAUGAAGUACAACUCGAAGGACACCUACUUCUACCGGGCCGCCGUCCGCCUCCGAGACCAGGGCGGGUCCCUGCUCAGGAAGGCCCGGCGAGACGUGGAGAAAAUCGGCUUCGACGCGGAGAGCGGCGUGCAUCUGCCCGAGGCGCCGGAAAUCAAAGCGCCCGCGUGCUUCUCGUGGGACGACGUGGACCGCCUGCUCACGCCGGCCAACCGGGAGCACCUGUCGCUGGACAAGCAGCUGCAGCAGCUCCUGGAGAAGUUUGACCUGACCUGCGCCAUGAAGUCCAGCCCCUCCCGCAGCAAGCGCCUCAAGCUGCUCAAGAAGACCAUCAACGACGUGCGCAACGAGAUGAGCCUGAAGAGAGCCCUGCCCUCGGGCCACCAUCAUCACCACCACCACCAUCAUCAUCACCACCACCACCACCACCAUUCGACUCCCUCCACAUCAGCGUUGUCUCCGGCGGCGUCCUCGCACCCGCAGCUGAGUAAAGAACCGAAAGAAGAGCGAUCGAAGCCCAAUGGACAUUUCCAAGAUGACGAGGGAGACACGUCUCUUCCUCCGAAGCUGGAGCCUUCGGACUCCAUCCCCCCGCUCAACCACUCGGACAUAGACCCCGGGCCCCCCACCCUCAAACCGAUCGGCGCCGCCCCCGACCGCGAGGACAAGCGUCCGGGCAAGUUGGCGAGGUGCGACGGCGAGGCGCCGGCGCCGCUCUCCUCCGCUCCUCGCCUCAACGGCCACACCCGCGACCUCCCGCCCUCGCUGCUGGUGGCCACGUCGACGCUCGCGGCGCCCGCGCGCACGGUCAACCGCCGGACGGCCGUGCUCUUCCGCAAGUCGAAGGGCGCAAGCCCCCACAAGCCGCCGCCCCCGCCGAGGUGCGGGGACGAGGGAGGCGACCGAAAAGAGGGCCAGGAGGCGCAGGAGGAGGAAGCCGAAGACGGCGCGCAGCUGGGCGCCAAGUCCUUCCUGUCGGUGGUCAUACCGCAGCUGGAGACGCUGCUCCACAGCAAGAAGAGGAAGCACAGCGGCAGCAGGGGCAGCGAGGAGGAGGAGGAGGAGGAGGAGGGAGGAGAGGGAGAGCGCGAAGAGGAUGAGGAGGAGGAGGAGGGAGAGUCCCCUGUGAAACGGCUUGACACUGGCUUGUUGAGCGGUUUUCUGGAGGUGGAAGAGGAGAAGGAGCUGCUGGAGUCCGGUCGAGCCAGUCGGCCCGUGGAUCCGCGGAGACGCUGUGCCUCCGAGUCCUCCAUCUCCUCGUGUAGCAGUCUGCCCGGCAGUACCAGCACCGUUCUCAGUCUUCCAAAAUGUGGGAAAGGCAAACCCGCCUUGGUCCGGAGGAACACCGUGGACGAUAAGAGCGAAUUGAUCGCCUGCAUCGAAAACGGGAAUUUUGCAAAAGCCGCUCGAAUCGCUGCCGAGGUUGGCAACAGCAAUAUCUGGAUGCCCGCUAGUGCUGCAACAGUUGCGUUGGAACCCCUGAAGCUCGUCUGGGCCAAGUGUAGCGGAUACCCGUCCUACCCCGCCCUGAUCGUCGACCCUCACAUGCCGCGCGUUGGCUGCCAGCACAACGGGGUCUCCAUCCCCAUGCCCCCCAUGGACGUGCUGCGCAUCGGGGAACAGAUGCAGUACAAAGCCGAAGAGCAACUCUACCUCGUCCUCUUCUUCGACAACAAGCGCAGCUGGCAGUGGCUUCCUAGAUCCAAGAUGGUCCCUCUGGGAAUGGACAAGACCAUCGACAAAAUCAAGAUGAUGGAGGGACGCACCUCCAGCAUCCGCAAGGCGGUCCAGAUCGCCUACAGCCGCGCCAUGAACCACCUGAGCAUCGUGCAGGACGAGCCCGUCAGCGACCUCAGCGACGUGGACUGAUGACGCCCGCUGACUCUCUCUCUCUCUCUCUCUCUCUCUCUUACACACACACACACACACACACACACACACACACACACCUUUACCUCUCCUGUACCAAAUACCCUCUUCUCCCCCGAACUCUCUCCGUUUCUGCACUGAGACUCAAAUGUUUACUGGAGCACACCCGCCGCCGUACCAGGUGGUGUCUCUUCCUCCUCCUCCUCCUCCUCCUCCUCCUCACACACCCACCCUCCUACCAUUGUGCCGAUGGGAUACGGCUGCUGCUGAAAUGAAUGUGUCUAUCUUAUCCUAUCCUCCGCCACCACUGGACCCCCCCCCCCCACCCCCUCCUCCUCCAUCUCCCUUUCCCCCGACUCCGCCAAUCCCAACUGUCAUUUCAAGGCGAAGACCCUCCCCCCCCCGUUCCCCCGUCGGGGAUUGAUUCCGUACAUCGGGGCAGCCUUACCGACCUCGCCUGCGGCGUCAGGACUUUGUAGUGAGACGAGAGCGUCACACGGGCCGUUAACAUUUUUUCGACUGUGACUGAUCGGUCGGUUAAUUUUGGGCGGGCAGCCAAUCAUCAUUUCAAGUUAUUACAAAAAAAACCAUCUAGUCGCUGGUAAAUGAGCUACAUGAAAGGAUUCUCAGUUGAAGCCUUUAAUUAAAUGACCUCACCUCUCGGUCACAUUUCCAUACUGGUCAUCUCCAUUUCCAAAUACCUUCCUUUUUGUAUUUAAAGUGUAAAUAAUCUGUACAGAUGCCUGACACUAACUUAUUUUGUAGUUUUGACAUAAAUGGUUACUGUACAGGAGUUUUCUUAGAAUUUAUACUCGAUGCAUUCUCGGCACUAACAUGCGAGUGCUAUUUUGACAGUGAUGUAUGAUAAAGGAGAAUAAAAGUGCAAAUGCCUUAGUGUUAAGGAGAUUAGGGCUAAAAUGUCAUAUUUCGGAAAAGGAUGAAAGUAUUCUUCUUUUUUUUAAGUUAUUGAAGUUUAUAAUCGUAAGCUUCCAUUUGGCAUUAACCCGUUUUGUAUUCAAAAAUAGUUUUCGUAUAUUUUUGUUCAUAUAUAUAUUUAUAUGAUUUGAAGUCUCUGAAGCUCAUACAGGCAGUCUGACGUCGUGGACCCAGAACGUAUAUAUAUUGUUCUCAAGAAACCAAAAAAGUUGCUACCCCAGAAGUUUAUUUUUAUUUUUUAUUUCUUAUUCUUUUGUUGAUUCAUUUCUCGUGUGAUUUGUGAAAUUGUUGCCAAAAAAAAACAAGAAAAAAAAAGGAAAGUGUAUUUUUAUGUGAUACAUUUUGACUAUUACUUGGGUUGCUGUCGUCGUGGGCGACGGGCCUGCGGUAACUUAUUGUAAAGCAUUACUUUAUAUCCAAGGAAAGACGUGCGAACCGAUUGUGGUAAAGUGGCACAUUUUGUGGUGGAUACUUGCCUUCUUUUUAAUAACCUUUUCUAGCUUUUUUUAAAUUUGUUGUUGUCCUUCAACACAUUUAAUUUUAUACUAUUGCCUAUUUCUUUCUGGGUAGCAUUAAGACGUUUUUAUAUAUAUUUCAUUUUGUACCUAACUGUUGUUUAUUUUAAUUUUUUAAUCAGGUCUUAUAAAAUAUUGCUGCGGCUUAUUUUGUUUUUGUUUUCUAGCAGAAAAAUAAAAGACACGAAUAAGAA